AAUAAGGCGUCACUUCCCGUACGUCGCAGGCCAGCAUGACUAGCGGCAAUGCCGCACACCUCACAAAUGGCGCUGCACCCAAUGAGCCGCCAUAUUCGCGCCUUAUGAGCUUCCAUGGAAGCUUUGGUACCAUUUAUACAUAGAGCUUGGAUUAGUGAUGUGCGAAUUAUUUGCGUUGGUGGGAUAUAAGAUAGACCGUGACGACAGCGGUUGUCCCUAGAAGAAAUAUAAGACUUCCGCCCCGUUACGUGCGGGGAUUUCAACCCAGACUUUUUGUACAAUGUCUUCUGGAGCGGCAACAUAACAACCAAGGGGGGCUACUACCACGCGCAGACUGUCAACGUGCCAGGUAUGCCGAAAAUUCUCCCCCCUAGCAUUCCUCUUUUUAUAAGUAACUGGUUGAUCGAAGUGCAUAUAACCAAAUGCACCUUAAUUCAACAAUUCCAGAAUCUGAAGAACUGUGCGAUGUAGUGAGGUGAACGAAGAAAAGGCCGCUCUCAAGCGCAAAGUCAACAGAGUUCAUCGAGAUGCGCAAGAAGCCUGGAGUGGUGAAAAUUAAAGGCAGCUUGCUCGGGUAUCGGGUUCCAGUGCGCACCCUGCGGAGCUGCAGACGAACGGGCCCCUGUCCCGAAGCGAUGAGCCGCGAGGCUCAGGCUUGUGAGGUGGAGUCUCAGGAGAGGUGGCCUUCUAAGAGCCCGAAAAAGAAGGCUUGCAUGAUCCCGUCAGUCCUACGCCGCUUUAAAGAGAGCAUUGAGACUAUGGACAGGCAAGCUCAAACAACUUCCUAAAUACAUCUUUACCCGCUGCCCUUUGACAGACAUCCACAAGCUUGCGAGUGGCAACGCCCCCUUGCUACUCUCGCCACGUGACGCUGCAGCCUUAGGCCACAGUUCACACAGUGAGAAUAAAAACACUGAAAAUAGACGAGGGACAGACACAGUUCUUCCUGCGUGAGCUGCAGUCUAUCCAACACACUCUGCUAGAAGUACCUAGCCUUAACCCUUUACUGCACCUUGUUGCAUAUUCGCAACAUAGCGAUAAACGACGAUAAAAACAUCUACAAAAUGCAUUCAGUGCUAGUUCCGCACGUUGUUGCAUUUCUGCAACAUACAUCCGCGAGGCGAGCCGUCCAGUGCUGCCAUCUGUACUCAGGCGGCGAAACUGCUCUCUAAAAAGCGUGACAGCCACCACGUGGACGCUCAACAAGUGACACAGAGCAGACACAAUGGACCCCAAACGGUUUUACAGCCGUGGAAUUCCUUCCGACAGUGAGGACAGCGAGCUCUCCGGCAGUGACGAUGACUCUGAUUAUGUCCAACCCCCUGCAAAAUGUAGUGCCAGUUCAAGCGAGGCGAGUACAAGCUCUGACGAAGAGGAAGCUCCCGCAAGCCAACCAGCUGAUCAGUCAUCAACUCAAUCUAAGAGAAGAAUUAUCUGGAAGAAUGCAAGCCUGAUGCGGGAUCCUGAAACAGUGAAGUUCACUGGACAAAAUGAGCUUCCGCAGGAAGUUUCAGAGUUGGAAACACCUUUCCAAUACUUCAAGUUCAUCUUUCCAGGCGCUCUUAUUUCGCUUAUUGCAAAUGAGAGCAAUUUGUACUCAGUCCAGAAGGAUGCCAGUAAGCCCCUCUGCACCAGUGCCGAGGAGAUUGAAGUUUUUCUAGGCACCUGCAUGUGGAUGUCUAUAAUUCAGCUGAAGAACACUAGGUGGUACUGGAGUGAAGCUACCAGAGUAAGCCAAGUAGCUGACCACCUCACGGUGACACGCUUCGAACAGUUGAAGCACAACCUUCACUUUGUGGACAACAGCUCUCUCGGCCCAAGAGAUGAUCCUGAUAGAGACCGGCUUGCAAAGAUACGACCGCUCGUCGAUGCUGUAAAUGAACAGUUGUCGCUGAUACCGCUUGAAGAGCACUUGUCUGUGGAUGAACAGAUUAUACCUUUCAAAGGCGCAAGUGCACUGAAACAGUACUGUCCCCAGAAACCAAAAAAAUGGGGGUGUACCUGGAAAAAGAAACCGUGCACUGCAUUGGUACAGUUUGGAUCAACCGAGUAA